AUGAAUGAUGAACUAAUUAAUAGCGCUGUUGCGUUUUUGCAGGAUCCCAAUGUGGCAACUUCGCCCUUGGCGAAAAAGAUUGAGUUUCUAGAAUCUAAGGGGUUAGAUCAAGUGGAAAUUGAAGAGGCUAUGAAACGUGCUAAUGAUCCAUCCCACGCUGCAGGAACAGGAACAAGAACAGGAACAGGAACAGCAUCCUCUUCUGGUACGACCCAUGCUGCUACUACGCCAUCUACUUCGAUUGAUAGUGCUAGAGCUUCUCCUUCAUCUUCUGCGCAACAACUACCUCUUGACUAUUAUAAUUUACCACCUCCAGUUCCGGAAAGAUCAUGGAAAGAUUACUUUAUCAUGGCUACCGCUACUGCUGGUGUAACAUAUGGACUUUAUCAGGUGAUUUCUCGCUAUUUGGUGCCUUCCAUUUUACCUCCAAGCCAAUCAUCUGUUGAGCAAGACAAGCAAACCAUAAACGAGGAAUUUAUCAAGAUUGACAAGAUUUUAGAACAACUAAGCAAAGAACAAGAAGAGAUUAAAGAGGCCAACGAUGAGAAAUUGAAGGACAUAGACACAGUGAUUGAAAACAUCAACGAUUUCCUCACAAAAUACAAUAAGGACAAAUUGAAAUUCGAUGAUGAUUUGAGGCUUAUGAAACUUGAGAUUGAUAAUUUGAGUAACUCUGUCGAAAAGAACAUGAGAUUAAGUAAAGAGAAUAUUAAUGAUGAGCUACUGGGCUUAAAUGAUGAAUUGCAAAGCUUGAAAAAUUUGAUCAAGGUGAGAGCAGAGAACCAGGCCAAUGCUAGUGGCAGUGGACCCAAUGCACGAAACCUUGCACCAGUAUCAUCAAUUCCUUCUGCUAGUGAGAUUUUAAAAAAGGCAAGAGCCAAAACUGAAGCCGCCAAGAAUCCUGCAGCUGCAAAUGGUACAAACACUGGCGCCAACGCUGAUUCUAAUUCUACGUCUGCCACUAGUUCUCCGAUUAUUCCUACUACUUUGGAAUCAAAUGCUACCUCGGAUGCUAGACCUACGACUGAACGUACACGUAGUAAGAAUGUCACUGAAGGCAAUGUAACUGCAGCAGGUAUACCUUCGUGGCAAAUAAAGCAUAAGGAGCAAGAAUUGAAGCAGGAGGAGAAAGGAGCAGAGCCAGAAGACUUUAAAAAUGAAGAAGUGAUUGGAAUUCCUUCAUGGCAAAAAGCUGCUUCUCAACAACAACAAACUGCUGCUUCUGAAGAUGAGAUCAAGGAAAAGAUUAAAAGCGCUGGUAUUCCUCCAUGGCAACUAAAUAAUAGCGUGAAAACAGAUAGCUCUUAA